GUUUACGUUUCACAUGUCGAUAUUGAAAGGCCGACAGUUCUCUGUGCAGCAUACGGGAGCUUUGCGUCAUCUUCUUCUGGGUCAAUGCAGGAUCGUACAAGAUUUGACGAUGUCUAUGCCUGCCAAUGGCUCGAAGCAGUCGUUUCAUCAGAUACAGACGCUGUAACCUCUGAAGCUCUGCUUGUGGAUGUGAGACAUCCAGAUCUCGAAGUGGCCCAGCGGGGUAUCGUCCCGAUAAAACGGCUAGAGCUCUCUAUGAAGGGGGGUGCUGCGGACAUCAGAACCGACCUUGAGGCAUCCCGUUUGUUUGGAGCCACAGGUGCACGGGAGCAUGGCAGGUUCAACUUGCGCGUCUACAAGGCAGUCCAUUUGUCUGAGCUCUCAGAGGACAUCCUGGUUGCAUCGCAGGAAACCACACUUCGUGUCAGGGUGAAGUCUGCCGAUGUGGUGGCUGGAAGGCUGUUCCUGUCCACGAAGGCCAUCGAUUCGCAGGAGUUGCGUGCGGGGUGGAUCCAUGGAAGCAUCGACGAGGUACACAAGUUUGGGCUGAUCGUGCGGAUUCCAAGCGGCCAUGGGCUGGCGUAUGUUACUGAGAUGGACCAUUAUCUGGAGGAGCCGCAAACAGCUUUCGCAGUUGGCCAAAAGGUGACUGUGAGGAUACUUGGUGAGAUGGAGGAAGGCCUCCUGGCCCUUUCGAUGAAGGCUCCGACAGACGAGGCCCUGUGA